AUGUCAGGAAUCUACUCUCGUGUGUCGUCCUCGAGGUCGUCGCGUUCCGGCGCGUCCGAGGUCGCCCUGGUCAUGAUGAGGCAGCAGGAGGCCGCCCUCAACCAAGUACGCGCCGACAUGGCUGCCGAGUUGCGUGACAUUCGCCUAGACAACCAGCAGCAGACCGCUUCCCUCAUGGAGCGUCUUCAACGGAGCGAAGAAGCCCUUGCCGCCGAACGUGAGUCCCGCCGUCGCGACGCCGAAGUUGCUGAAGCUCGGGUUGCUGCCGCGGUGAAGGUAGAGCAGUCCCCAGUACCAUCGUCAGUGCCUGCACCCGAGAUGGGGCGCGGCACACUUAUUCCCCCCGAAGCGCCAUUGCCGAGUGCGGCCCUGGACGCCGCCACCGCUGCUGUGUUGGCGGCAGCCGAGGAAGUAAAGGCAGAGAGUGAGGGCAUCGCGCAGAGCACGAAUGCCCAUUUGGCCGCGUUCGAUGACCAGUUGCGCAAUGUCACGUCCGCGUAUCUGCAGAAGUGCGCCCUGGCCCAGAAGGUUCAACGCGAGAAUGAUGCUCGCCUACGUCAACAAUCGACUAGUGUACCUGAAUCUAGUGGAAAAGCCACCGCGAGGAGUCGCACUUCCUGCGACAAAUUUGCGGGACGGUCGCCCACUUAUAUCGGGCAACAGCAAGUGGCCGCGGAUUCGCUGGCAGCAGCGCAGCUUCAAGCGACCAUACAAGCUCCAAGUCAAGUUGUCAAACGCGAGAUGGGACCAGGCGAGACGAAGCUGACUGAGACACGUGAGACAAGGUCAAGUGAGACGAAGACACGUGCGACAGGCGGGACGGGGUCAAGUGAGACCAAGCGUGGAAGGCAGCCGAAGGCUGCGACACAGACUCGGUCCAGUGUCGCUGCAGUCAAGGAAGAAAACUCGGAAGAGGCCAAGAGCUCAGCGAAAGGUGUCGCUCGGGACUCUGCGAGUGGGAGUGGCCAUGUCCCCAGAUAUUCUGGGAAGUCGGCUAAUAAAAAGUCUUCCCAGAAACACAAGCGUGGAAAGAGGAUCCGUCGCAAUAAGCGACCAGGUGGCUAUCCCUCAUCGUCAGAUUCAAGUUCAAGCGGCAGCUCGUCUAGCAGCGAGUCCAGCUCGGGCUCCGACUCCGACUCCGACUGGGAGCGCGGCCUUGCUGAGGAACUCGCCCCUGCAACAGUACCAGCCGCUAACGGCCAAUCGUACACGUUCCGCCCGUAUAUCCAGUAUGGGGCGGUGGAGAUGUUUGAUCCCCACGCCAAGCUCGAAGACCGCGUGAACUGGUGGGAGCGGUUUGUCUACGCUGCUGCGUUGGGAGUUUGGCCGGAGAAGAUGAAGUUGCGUCAGCUCCUGGGCCGACUACUUGCCCCGCUACGUGCAUGGUUCCGCCAACUACCCGAGAAGGACCAGAAGGACUGGUCGCGCUUGUCGAAGCUGUUUCGCAAGGAGUACUGCCGCACCGAGGCGUCCCCGUACAACCGCUAUUAUGAGUUGGGACCGGAGAAUGGCGAGUCUGCGCGAUCGUUCCUGUAUCGACUCAACGCUGCAGCCAAGAAGACCGACGUCGAGUACGAAGACUCUCCGAGUGACCGGGAACUCCACAUCCGUCGCUUUAUCAAGAAGCUGGCGGAUCGUCGUCUGAAGAUCACACUACAGGGACAAACGUUCAAGUCGAUGAAGGAACUCGAGAAAACUCUCAAGCGAAUCGAAGCGGUGCAGCGUGAUGAUGGAUAUGAGACGCCUCCACCUCCAAAGACCCGCGAUGCGAAGCCUAGUGGUGUGAGGUUUAGUCGAUUCCCUCCUCCGCGUCGAACUCAAGGUGAACGUGCGUACUUGGUCGAGAACCUGGACUCAGAGUCAGAAGACAAGGCUUCCCCGCCCUCGGACUCCGAAGAGAAACCAGAACCACGUUAUCUCCCGGGAACUCCGCCCCCGUCCAUGGGGCGUACGGUGAAUUCUAAGAAGAUCAACGUAGCCCAGGCUUCUGAGACUAUCGUUCAAGUACCCAGACCCCCGACGACCGAGGAGGUGUUCCGUGCUGCUGGGCAGAUGGUUUUGGGCACGACGCUCAGGAUUGUUGGCGGGAUCUGA